AUGGCUGGUAAUUUAGCUGAUUCAAUAACACAACCAAUUAAUGAUCAAUUAAAAAAAAUUACUGGUGGUUCAGGCUCAAGUUCAGGUUCAAGUUCAGGCUCAAGUUCAAGUUCUGCGCCUAAAAAACCAAGUAUUAUUGAAUUCACUCCAGAAUAUUAUGCUGCUUGUACUAUAGGAGGUAUGGUUGCUUGUGGACCAACUCAUUCUGCUGUAACUCCUUUAGAUUUAGUUAAAUGUAGACGUCAAGUUGAUGGUCAUUUAUAUAAAUCAAAUAUGCAAGGUUGGAAAACUAUUUUAAGAACUCAAGGUGAUUCAAUUUUUACUGGUAUUGGUGCUACUUUUAUUGGUUAUUCUUUCCAAGGUGCCGGUAAAUAUGGUUUUUAUGAAUUUUUUAAAAAAACUUAUUCAGAUUUAGUUGGUCCAAAAAUUGCCCAUGAUUAUAAAACUGGUGUAUUUUUAGCUGCUUCUGCUUCUGCUGAAUUUUUAGCUGAUAUUGCAUUAUGUCCAUGGGAAACAAUAAAAGUUAAAACUCAAACUACUAUUCCACCAUAUGCAAAUUCAGUAUGGGAUGGUUGGCAAAAAAUUGUUUCAAAAGAAGGUUUUGGUGGAUUAUAUAAAGGUUUAGUUCCUUUAUGGUGUAGACAAAUUCCUUAUACAAUGGUUAAAUUUGCUUCUUUUGAAAAUAUAGUUGAAAGAAUUUAUAUAUUUUUAGGUAAACCAAAACAGUCAUAUUCAACUUUAGAACAAACUGGUGUUUCAUUUUUAGGUGGUUAUAUUGCUGGUAUAUUUUGUGCUGUUGUUUCUCAUCCUGCUGAUGUUAUGGUUUCAAAAAUUAAUUCAGAUAAAAAAGCUAGUGAAUCUACUGGUCAAGCAUUAAGUAGAAUUUAUAAACAAAUUGGUUUUGCUGGUUUAUGGAAUGGUUUACCAGUUAGAAUUGUUAUGAUUGGUACAUUAACAGGUUUCCAAUGGUUAAUUUACGAUUCUUUUAAACUUUAUGUUGGUUUACCAACUACCGGUGGACAUUAG